GGACAGUGAAAUUUAAAGACAUGGCAGCUCCUGAUUCAAAGUAGUUCAGGGGUUUCAGUUCCCUGAAUUCAGCAUUGGAGCCAGAGAGAAGUAACAAUUAAGAAUUUAAUAUUGAGACAAAGUAAAGUAAGAUUUCCUGUCUAUGACACUUAUGUUGCAAAGUUUGUUUAUAAAGGUUUUAACACAUUGUAUCACUGUUUUGAAGAAAUAUCUACUUAUUUAUUACCUGUUACUAUAUAGCACUUUUUGCAAAUUCACUUUCUGUACGAUAAUUCAUGAAUAUGGAAAACGCAACCUGACAUGGAAAGUUAAUUGAUAUGGAAAUAAGUUCACUGUGAUUUAUGGGUAAUGUGGAGGUGGGAUGUUGUGACUCCUCCCUGUGGUGGGUAUUUAAGCACGUUUUAGACACUGUUAAUUAAUGGCUUGACAAAGGGCCUGCGUAGCCCGAAACGUUGCCUAUUGCAUCUAAGUAAAGGUUUGCAAAUUUUCACAAAUACCGGAGUGCUGCUGCUUUAUUCACUACAUGUAUGCGUUGCCCUGGCAGGGGGUACGGCGUGCACCCGGGGCUACAAAGAGCUUAAUCCGCUUUUGAAGCACACCUUAUCUACAUUUACUGGAUUCUAUACUGCUGGUGGUGCUCAAGUGGUUUUUCAAAGAUGACUCAACAAACACAAUUGGAACAUCAAGCGCUUACUUUUACAUACAAUGAGGAACAGGCUGCCCGGAUAAUUGGAUCCAAUACAGGUAGCAAUACAUUUUUACUCUCUUUACCUAACUCAGAUGUGAUUAAGGAAUAUGAAAAAGAAAGCCGAAAGUUAAUUGGCCUGGACUUACAUGCUAUCACAUUGACUGAGUAUUAUCGGGCUGGGCGCAUUCCCAGGGGUUUGAGAGUUAAUUUACGUCCCACUAUAUUCAAUGACAAUGAGGAAUUCACACAGAAAUAUGAACAAAUUGUGAACAAAUGCUCAUUCGAUAUUAUCCUCCUAAACAUUGAAUUUUUGCAGAAGGAAAUCGCUAAUACUAAACAGCGUUUACAGAUUGCUGAGGGUGAACUAAAGAAACUGGUUCCGAGUGCAGACCAGCGUGACUGUUUGUCCGAUAUUCAAGAUCACCUUUCUAAGCAUCGAGCGGCAAUCGAGGAACGGAAACGACAUAAGUUUCUGAGGGAUGAAGCGGAUUACACUGCAGGUCGGGUGUCCAAAUGGCAGAGAGGUUCCGGCAUGUCUGAGACGCCAAGGCGUCCAUUUUUUCCCCGUGAGUAUAGGCCCACGCGCCCAUCAGAAAGAAGAGAACAGCGUGCAUACUCACCUGAUAGGAGGGGUUAUCGGCAGACGCAUUCGCCAGAUAGAGUGGAGCAGUGGACAGCGUAUCCUAUGGAUAGGAGAGAAGAACAGACGCCCUGGCGAGGCUACCGAAGGAAUGAGAGAGAUGAUGACACACGUGUUCCUCUGCCGAUCGGUGGCUAUGGCGGAUCUACUUCAGACGCAUCGUCGUCCUCUUCUUUUUUAGGGUACAGCACAGGACAAUCCACAAGAAAAAAAGGAGGGGCGGCAGGAGACAUCGGAGGAUACCAGGAACGGAGGGAGCAACCGUAUCGGAAGGCACGGACUCACAAAAAACGACAGUGAAAUUUAAAGACAUGGCAGCUCCUGAUUCAAAGUAGUUCAGGGGUUUCAGUUCCCUGAAUUCAGCAUUGGAGCCAGAGAGAAGUAACAAUUAAGAAUUUAAUAUUGAGACAAAGUAAAGUAAGAUUUCCUGUCUAUGACACUUAUGUUGCAAAGUUUGUUUAUAAAGGUUUUAACACAUUGUAUCACUGUUUUGAAGAAAUAUCUACUUAUUUAUUACCUGUUACUAUAUAGCACUUUUUGCAAAUUCACUUUCUGUACGAUAAUUCAUGAAUAUGGAAAACGCAACCUGACAUGGAAAGUUAAUUGAUAUGGAAAUAAGUUCACUGUGAUUUAUGGGUAAUGUGGAGGUGGGAUGUUGUGACUCCUCCCUGUGGUGGGUAUUUAAGCACGUUUUAGACACUGUUAAUUAAUGGCUUGACAAAGGGCCUGCGUAGCCCGAAACGUUGCCUAUUGCAUCUAAGUAAAGGUUUGCAAAUUUUCACAA